UCGCUCCCCGACGCACUUCCUCAGUACACACACAUGAUGUGGCGGCGCUCGGGAGCCGUGCUGCUGCUGGCGGCGCUGCUGCUGCACUCAUUCAACUGCGGCGAUGCGCGGCCGUUCUUCGGUCUCCUGAAUCUCCUCCUCAACGGAACCGGUUUCAGCUAUGUCAACGGGACCGCAACUGCGUCCGGCAGUGGGAGUGGGGUCGCCUCGUCGCUGCUUGAGACACUGGUGCUAGCACACGAGCAGCACAACCUGGCCAAGCUGCAGUUUCUGGAAAACCUGCUAGGCAUCGGGCCCACCGCGACUGGGACCGCGACCGGGACCGGUGACACCAGCACCGUGACGGGCACCGCCGUUUGAUCGAGCCGUCCUCCUGCGACUGCUGCCUCCGAGCUCCGGACACCGAUGUUAUAAUAUUGAAGAUAUAUUCACCAUCACCGAUUGCCAGUAGAUAGAUAGUCGAGCAGUCCAACCGUAAUCAUAUUAUAGGAGACUGAUGACGUCUCAUCACAGUGACAUGACGUCAUCAGUCAAGGAUCACCUGAUGACGCCCACACCGCGCGCCGCGCGCUGCUGCGACCUUCGUUCUGGCAUACUUGGCACAUGAAAACAAUUUAAUGUCAUCAUUCCGAUUCUUAAGUGAUUGAGAUUACUGUUUUAUUAAUGUUACCUUCAUAAAAUACAAUAAAAUAUUUACAUUUUAAAAGUAGUUUAGAUUAAACUUAUGUACAUUAUACAUAUUGAGAUUAUUAAAUAUUUAAAUCAU